AUGGCUCAGACCGUCUCUGUCAAAGUUCCAGGUAGCGGCAAGCUUAUUUCUGUUCCUACUGGUCUUUUCAUCGACAAUGAAUUCGUUCCAUCAUCGAAUUCUAAGGAACUGAUACAUGCGGUUAACCCAGCUACGGAGGAUGUCAUAUGUUCAGUCGUAGCUGCAUCUGCGAAGGAUAUUGACUUGGCUGUGGCCGCCGCGCGACGGGCUUUCAAUACUACUUGGGGAAAGAACGUCACGGGAUUUGAAAGAUCGCGAUUGAUCAAUAGACUCGCCGACUUGAUUGAGAGAGACGCUCAAGAACUUGGGGAACUCGAGUCCCUCAACAAUGGAAAACCAGUUCGUGUUGCCAGAGAUUUCGAUAUCGGAGACAGUGUUCAGUGCUUGCGAUAUUAUGCUGGAUGGGCCGACAAAAUUGCAGGUCAGACCCUAGAAGUUGACAAUAAGAUAAAGUGGGCCUUUACCAGACAUGAGCCUAUCGGUGUCUGUGGGCAAAUCAUUCCUUGGAAUUACCCAAUCAACAUGUGGUCGUGGAAGGUAGCACCCGCGUUGGCAGCCGGCUGCACUAUCGUCAUGAAGCCUUCUGAGCUAACCCCAUUGACUGCCCUGAAACUGUCCGAACUGGUCGUCGAAGCCGGUUUUCCCAAAGGCGUCAUCAACACAGUGCCAUCUCUUGGCUCCGUGGGUGGCGCCGCGCUUUCGGCACAUCCUGAUGUUGACAAGGUCGCUUUCACCGGUUCUACGGUGACCGGCCGAAAGGUCAUGGAAGCUGCUGCAAAGUCAAAUCUCAAGAAGAUUACCCUGGAACUAGGUGGCAAAUCUCCACAGCUUGUUUUUGAAUCUGCCGACUUGGACCAAGCUGCCAACUGGGCGGCACUCGGAAUUUGCUACAAUACCGGUCAGGAUUGUACCGCGGGCUCACGCAUAUACGUUCAAAACAGUAUAUAUGAUAAAUUCCUUGACAUUCUGGUGUCGAAGGUCAAGGAACUAUCAAUUGGUGAUGGUUUUGAUGACAAGAAUUUUGGUGGACCAGUUGUCUCGAAGGUUCAAUACGACCGCGUCUGGGGUUACAUUGAAUCGGGCAAAGCGGAAGGCGCCAAAACAGUUAUAGGCGGUGUAAAAAGAUCAGGAAAAGGAUAUUAUGUGGAACCGACGAUCUUCACUGAGAUCCGAUCGGACAUGAAGAUAGUCAAGGAAGAGAUCUUUGGGCCUGUUCUCUCGGUCGGCCGAUUUGAGACGGAGGAAGAAGCUGUAGUACUGGCAAAUGCGACCACGUACGGCUUAGGCGCUGGUCUUCAUUCCAAUGAUGCUAACCAGUGUAUGAGAGUCUCGGCGGCCCUUGAGGCCGGCACGGUCUGGAUCAACCAGUAUAAUUUGUUGUCCAAUAACGUACCCUUUGGCGGGAAGAAACAGUCCGGAAUUGGUCGCGAGCUUGGCAGCUAUGCCCUGGAAGAAUACACCUCCGUUAAAGCUGUGCAUUGGAACUUCGGAGAGAAGCUCAGUUGGCCACUUUGA